AUGGUGCUGAAAAAAGUUAAAAAGCUGAAAAAAUCAGCUUGCAAGUAUAACCUUGAUCUCACCCAUCCUGUGGAAGAUGGAAUAUUUGAUUCAGGAAGUUUUGAACAGUUCCUGAAGGAAAAAGUUAAAGUGAAUGGAAAAACAGGAAACCUGGGAAAUGUAGUUCACAUUGAACGCUUUAAGAACAAGAUCACUGUGACAUCCGAGAGGCAAUUCUCAAAAAGGUACCUGAAGUAUCUCACCAAGAAGUACCUCAAGAAGCAUAACCUGCGUGAUUGGCUGCGCGUUGUUGCCUCUGACAAGGAGACCUAUGAGCUGCGCUACUUCCAGAUCAGUCAUGACGAUGAAGAGUCUGAAGCUGAGGAAUGAGCAGGAGCCUUUUAUAUGGGGGGCCUUGCAUUCCUUGAUCAACACAGCGUACAAAUAAGCCCAUCUGUUUAUGAGAACAAGUUUAUCUUAUUACCAAACUGGAUACGCUGAAUUAAACCUGAACUCCUA